UCAAAUGCUGACACCAGAAACGAGGUAUCAGUGACUUCUGAACUGAACCGGGCCUUCCGAAUACCACGCGCAUCCACAAGCGCCACCGUGCAAGCGAUUUUGCCGUCGACAGUGGCAUCUAUCAGGGCUGCUGCGAAUAACUUUUCAGCGACUUCAAAUUACGGAAGGACCGUAAGAGAUUCAGGAAGACGAGGAGGGAGAUCACGGUCCCACAAUGGGCGAUUUCAGCCAUACCGCCCUCAGAGAAACCAAAGAUUAACACGGGAUGCGGCUGAACCAAGUGUGUUUUACAAAGACGUCUGUCUUCUCGAUUGUCCUGAAUGGGAGAAGGUUCCGCGUGGGGAAGUAAAGGCAGAUUUGAUCCGGAAAAACCUCUACAUAGAUGCGUGGCCAGUGGUUAAAGAUUGGAGUGCGGCAACUUUGAGGCAGGAGAUAGAGAAUCUUUUUGAAUGUGUUCUAAAAAACUCAAGUGGUAAUAAUGUGAGGUGAGCAUUAAGACUUUAAUAAUAAUACAUGUAAUAAUAAUAAUAAUAAUAAUAAUAAUAAUAAUAAAAUGUGUGUAUUUUUAUAAUAAUAAUAACAAUAAGAAUAAUAAUCAUAAUAAUAAAGAUUUAAAAUAAAUGGUGAAGAAAUAUUUUGCUGCAAAGGGAGUGCUUUUUUUAAAAAACUGAGGUAUUCUAGUGAUGUUGCAAUGGAAAUAUCAAAUACCACAAUCAGAAAGUCUGUGUGUACAAUAAAAUGUUUGUUGAAAUAAUAGGUAAUAUUCAUGAGGUAAUAUUCAUUGUUGUUUUAAAAUGCCCAGUUAGAUGUACUAGUACCAGACUGCAGAGUAUUGGCAAACAUAUAUUUUAUUUUGAAUUUAACACCACACCCAUCCUAUCGCCAUUAAUUUCUCUAACAAAUACCACUGGUAAACAAGGGUGUUUGUUGUGAAUAUGUUUAUUUUUACAUGUAAGUGGAUUGUAACCUUGAAUUUCUGUUAUAUUUAGCUUUGAGUUUGUGAAGAGCAUUGGUUCAAAUAUUUUACCCAUAAAACUACAGGAAGGCCAAGAGCUUAAUGCCAAAGUACUAAAGCAUAUUUCAGGAACAAGUCCAAUCUAUGUCAGAGUAUGGGUAAUUUUGUAA